CUCACCUUCGCGAUCAACACGGCUCACGAUCGGAUCCGAGGAGAUACUCCCCACUAUUUGGUGCACGGAUGGGAUCCGAGAUCGACACUGGAAGCUACGCUGCCAGUCGGAUGUACGAGGCGACAAGAUCGAGACGCGCGGCGGUGGCGCUAUCGAGUCCAACGACAUUAUCAACAAUCCCGAGAAAAAGUCAACGCUAGAUUGAGGGAGGCCAUCGCAGAUCGGGCUGAGCGACACAACGAGGAUGCAGGAUCACAUCAGAUCGAGAGUGGAUCCCGGGUCUGGCUGUACUUGGAUCGAGUGAAGGAAGGAUACGCGCGGAAAUUGGCUCACUUGUGGCACGGGCCGUUCCGGGUCGCCGAAAAGAUCAACGAAUUCAGCGUCAAGCUCGAGAUCGCAGGCACCGGGUACCAGAUCUUCCCAGUGGUGCAUGUGUCGAAGUUGAAAUUGGUCAGAGAUUUUCCGGACCGACCACGCGUGGAGCUCACGGUUAACGAGGCAGAUCGUCUCGAUUUUGAUGAGAUCUUGCUUCCUGAGGACAGCUGGGUCCCAGAUCUAGGUGCGUAUGAGUAUGAAGUCGAGCGAAAUUCAGAUGUGCGGAGUGGAAAGAAGACACGAUUUGGGCGGAUCUAUCGGGAGUUCCUGGUCCACUGGACGGGGUAUGAUGAGCCAAGCUGGGUCGACGAAGCCGAUCUUAACUGCGGGUCCAUGUUGAAUACCUUCCUGCGAGAACAGGCGAAUCGGAAUCGCUUCAAUGUGAUGCAAUCACAUGAAGAGACGUAA